UCCAGUUGUGAGAAUUGCCUGGGUUGUGUGUAGAGGCACUGGGUUCUGUGGUCACAACAGAUGUCCCCAAGUAGCCUUGUGUCACAAAGGGGCAGAGAUAAGGCACCUGCCCCGCCAUUGUGACCUCACCUGCCCAAUGCUUGGUAUCCUGAGGAGCUGACCAGCAAAGAUUGAGCUGGUCUUCAGGAUAACUCAGCUCCUUUCUUUGCUGCUUGCAUGUCUGCAUUUUUUCAAGCAUUCCCUGUCUUUGGCAGUGACUACAAGCACCAAAAAAAUGAUUCUGACAGUUAAAGCUGUUCUGUGGGUCACAUUUGGGGUUUUUUAAUUUUCAAGCUGCAUUCAUUUUCUUUCUCAACAGGAGACAGGUUUAGUUCUAAUCUGAUUUUUCUGGAGCAGGAUCUGGAUCCUUUGUCAUCCACUACUUUUCCAUCUGUUCUUGAGAGGAACAGCUUCAAGAGGAAAUAAUUCCUGUAACAGUUUUGUCAGCAGACUUGAAAUUUGUGAAUGCCCACAGACAACAUGGCUGGUGCUUCAUUCCUACUGAGUGCACAAGACUUUGAAAGAGGACAUUACUCAUAGGAAGACCUGACAUCCAUAGGCAUUGCUGAGGGCAUGGCUCUGCCACAAAGGAUCCUCUCUCCCCCAGAAGAGAUUUGCAUGGACUGGCAGCAAAGACAGAGACCUGGAGCAGGACUCUGCAACCUGGGCAGCACUUGCUACAUCAAUGUCAUCCUGCAGUGCCUGACAUACACACCACCUUUGGCCAACUACCUGCUCUCUCGUGACCAUAGCCAGUUGUGUCAUCGGCAAGGCUUCUGCAUGAUGUGCAUUAUGGAAGCGCACGUUAGGAAAGUCCUGCACUCUUCAGCCAAUGUCAUCUGGCCUAGGGCUGUUGUCAAAGACCUCAAAUUCAUAGGAGAAGAAUUUGAGCCUGACAUGGCUGGAGAUGCCUAUGAGUUCUUACGCUGUGCUCUUGAGGCCAUGCAGAGAGCUUGUCUGAGUGGAAGCAGUGGUGUGGACAUCUCUUCUCAAACAACUACCAUCAUCCAUCAAAUAUUUGGGGGCUUUCUGAAAUCCAGAGUCAUAUGCUUGAGGUGCCAAGCAGUUUCUGAUUCCUACAAGGCCUUCCUUCAUGUCCUUUUGGAUAUCAAAGCACCCUCAUCUCUCACCACAGCUCUGGAGGACUUUGUGACACCCAAGAAGCUGGAUGGAAAAUACUGCUUCAAAUGUAGCAAGUGUGAGAAGAAGGUAACCGCCUCCAAGAGGGUUACAGUCCAUUGUGUGCCCAAGGUCUUCACAGUGUGCCUGGAAAGGGCUGCCGACCACACAGGCAAGAAGAUCAGCAAGAUUGUUGAGUAUCCCGAGUACUUGGAUCUUCGGCCAUACAUGUCUGACACAGCUGGAGAACCACUCCUCUACUCCUUAUAUGCUCUUGUUGUGCACAGUGGUGACACCUGUCUUGAUGGACACUUCUUCUGCUACACAAAGGCCAGCAAUGGACUAUGGUACAAGAUGGAUGAUGAGUCUGUGGAUAAUUGUGGCAUCCACACAGUUCUCAGGCAGCAAGCCUAUUUGCUGUUCUAUGCCAGAUGCUCUGAUUUGAAAAUGGGAGGAAUGGUGGCUUCCUCUCUGACACCAUCCUAUGCCCAUUCCUUCCUCAGUCAGUGGCAGGCCAGCAGUGAGCAAGCAGGUUCUGCAGGGACACAUGAUCCACCUGGUAGGACUAUGUCAAUGAACUGCCAGAGGACAAGUGCCAGGAAGAGGAUCCAGAGCAGAUCCCUGCAGCGGGACAAUGAUCACUGCAGCUGGUUCAUGAACAGCAGUGGCUCCAACAACUCAACAGGAAGGAAGAGAAAAAGAACUAAUCCUCCAAGUCGUGACCAUGCUCUCAAGGAUGGCACAGCUUCAGGGCCCUUCAACAGAAGCUGUCAGUGGGCUCCUGCUCCCAGUGCUACUUGGGUACAACACCUGCCAAGACAGAAAGAGCAAAGCCAGUCCUCACAGCAGGGCUAUGAUCUCUGCAGACGGUUUGUGGAGAUCACGGACUACCACCAGUCAGUGAGGAGGAGGAGGAGGAGCUGGUGGAAAAGAAGUCCUCCACACUGUGACCAAGAGCUAAAGAAUGACCCACUGGAAGGGUCCUCGAAUGCUAGCUCCAAGAGGGCUAAUGCACCCUGUGCUGCCCAGGAGCAAUCCCUGCCAAGGCAGAGAGAGCAGAGCAGAUCACCACAAUGGGGCUAUGAUCUCCGCAGACGGUUUGUGGAGAUCACAGACUACCACCAGUCAGCAAAGAGGAGGAGAAAACACUCAUUUGGAACAAACAAGCAGAAAAGACAAAGCUAGAAUUAAAACCCCUUGCUAGCCUUG